AUGCCUGCUCCGUCGCCCGUAAAGUCCCUCGUGGGCACCCUCAAGAUGCUGGAUGGCCGCACCAUCCCUCAGUUCGGUCUCGGUGUCUACGAGAUGAACGACGCCGACACCUACUCGGCAACCAAGGGCGCUCUUGAGGCGGGAUACAAGCACAUUGAUACUGCCGAGUGGUACGAGAACGAGGGCCAAGUUGGCCGCGCUCUCACCGACUUUUGCAAGAGCUCCGGCGCCAAGCGCGAGGACAUUUACAUCACCUCCAAGCUCAUGCACAACCGUGGCUACGACGCGGCGCUGAGGGACCUCAAGGCGUCGCUUGGCCGUGCGGGUCUCGACUACUUUGACCUGUACCUCCUCCACUCGCCCAUUGGUGGUCCCGACUCGCGCAAGGAGCUCUGGCGCGCUCUCGUGGACGCCAAGAAGGCCGGCCUGUGCAAGUCUAUCGGUGUGUCCAACUACGGUGCCAAGCACAUCCAGGAGAUGGUUGAUGCCGGCGUCGAGCUCCCCGUCGUCAACCAGAUUGACCUCCACCCGUUCAUGCGCCACCCGGACAUUGUCGAGCUGUGCGAAAAGCACGACAUCCUACUCGAGGCAUGGGCUCCUCUUGCCCGCGCGACCAAGUUUGACAACUCCGUCAUAGUCAAGAUGGCCGCCAAGUACAACCGCGAGCCCGCCCAGAUCUUCCUCCGCUGGGGUCUGCAACAUGGCUACGUGAUCAUUCCAAAGUCGGUGUCGCAGAAGCGUAUCGAAUCGAACGCCAACAUCUUCGACUUUGAGAUCAGCGACGAGGACAUCAAGGAGCUGGACGGUCUUGACGAGUACCACAUCACUGACUGGGACGUCGUUGGCGUCGAGUAA